GCGGUGGGGAGUGCGGAGAGGAGAGAAGAAGUGCAGGAUCAGGAGCGAACGCUAACCUACAUGGCGGCAACAGGACAUUGCGAUUACUGACCAACUGUAAGUGAGCGAUCGGACAAAAUCUCCAAGCAGGUCUCUCGGUCCGUAGUGAAGUGUGGCCUCGUAGAGAGGCAAAGCUCUGAUGAUGGAGAAUGGACAAGGGAUGGGCUCCAAACUGGGCCUGCCGCCCCUCACUCCGGAACAGCAGGAGGCCCUGCAGAGGGCUAAGAAAUACGCCAUGGAGCAGAGCAUUAAGAGUGUCCUGGUGAAACAGACCAUCGCCCACCAGCAGCAGCAGCUCACCAACCUGCAGAUGGCAGCAGUGACUAUGGGCUUUGGAGAUCCUCUCUCACCUUUACAAUCGGUGGCAGCGCAGAGGCAGCGAGCUCUGGCCAUCAUGUGCCGUGUCUACGUGGGUUCCAUCUAUUACGAACUCGGAGAGGACACUAUUCGGCAGGCCUUUGCUCCAUUUGGCCCCAUCAAAAGCAUCGACAUGUCCUGGGAUUCAGUCACCAUGAAGCACAAGGGCUUUGCCUUUGUGGAGUACGAGGUGCCUGAGGCAGCUCAGCUUGCCUUGGAGCAGAUGAAUUCGGUCAUGCUGGGUGGGAGGAACAUCAAGGUGGGGCGGCCAGGUAACAUUGGACAGGCGCAGCCCAUCAUCGACCAGCUGGCGGAGGAGGCGCGUGCCUACAACCGCAUCUACGUUGCCUCCGUGCAUCCGGACCUGUCUGACGACGACAUCAAGAGCGUCUUUGAGGCUUUUGGCAAGAUCAAAGGCUGCGUGCUGGGGCGGGAGCCCACCACAGGGAAGCACAAGGGCUUUUGCUUCAUCGAAUAUGAAAAGGCCCAGUCAGCGGUAGAUGCUGUGUCCUCCAUGAACCUGUUUGACCUGGGAGGACAGUACCUGAGGGUGGGGAAGGCCGUGACCCCUCCCAUGCCCCUGUUGACCCCCACGACCCCUGGAGGUUUGCCCCCAGCCGCAGCUGUGGCGGCCGCCGCCGCCACCGCUAAGAUCACGGCCCAGGAGGCUGUAGCAGGCGCGUCAGUGCUGGGCACGCUGGCCUCCCCAGCCCAGAUCCUCAGCCAGCAGAUGGGGCUCCCUCAGGCCGUUCUGGCAGCCCAGGCCCCAGGCCUAAUUACAGGUGUGACCCCCGUUCGACCACCACUGCCCGUGGUCCCCCAGGUAGGCCUGGUAAACCCCGUGCUGGCCUCGCCUCCCAUCGUGCCUGCCGCCGUGUCCAUGGCAACACCAGUGCCCACAAUGCCACAGCAGCAGCCCCCUUCUCCUCCAGCGCCGCCUGCCGAGGUUAAAAGGGAGGUGGAGGAGAAGCAGCCACGGGAGGAGGACGCCAUGGGGCAGGAGAACGCGAGCGAGCACGAGCAGCUUGGAGGAGGAGGAGGGGGCCGAUCCACCGUCACGCAGUCAGGGUCAACAGUAAUGGUGCUGCGCAACAUGGUGGGGCCUGAGGACAUUGACGAUGACCUGGAAGGGGAAGUAACGGAGGAGUGCGGGAAGUUUGGUGCCGUGAACCGGGUCAUCAUCUACCAGGAACGACAGGGUGAGGAGGAGGAUGCGGAGAUUAUCGUCAAGAUCUUUGUGGAGUUCUCUGAUAGUGAGGAGAUGAACAAGGCCAUCCAAGCCCUCAACAACCGGUGGUUUGCAGGUCGCAAGGUCGUGGCCGAGGUCUAUGAUCAGGAGCGUUUCAAUAACAGCGACCUCUCUGCAUAAGAACUGCCCCAAAAUGGCCACCAACCCUUUCUCCACAUGCUCAAACGCACUCAGCUUCCAUCACCGUCGCUAGAGUUUGGGGCCUCUUUUAAACUUGUAAUUAUUUUUUUAUUGAUGUCAAUA